AUGGUCGAAUUAGAUAAGGAAUUUCCAAAGAAAUGGCCUUUUGGUGUAAUCUUGACAGCUCAGUGGAUUAGCUGCUUCAUAUUGUUGGUAGUUUUGUACUGUUCCCCUUACCACUAUACUGGGACGUCAUUCGUCUUCUUUUGCGCAUGGACAAUGUUCUUUGUGGGAUUGCUUGUAUGGAUUGCGCACAUACUGGGUUUUCAGCGACAAAUUAUAUAUGUUGGAUUAAUGUCAGCAUAUAUACCAUUUGCACUUUUGCUCUUUUGUUAUUCGCUGAUCUUCUUUUUCUUCUUCUCCUUAUCUUCAUUAAUCUGCAUGAUAUGCAUGUUAUCAUCGAUUGGUUUUGUUGCCAGCUUAUUUUUCACAUACUUUCUCGCUACGGUAUUGUGCUUGCUUUGUGCUGCUAUUUGUGGUUAUCUGGCAAUUUUACUAUAUCGUGCUACUCCAAAUGGUUUGCUCCUUAAUCUGAGAAUGGUAAUAAUCGAAGGCGACAAGACGAGCACAAUUGGUACUACAGCAGCUGCUUCGAAUAAUACACCUUCGUCAGGAGUUUAUCCUCAUGGAACUAAUCCAGUGUGA